GUUGGUACAUGCUGACGAUCAAGUCACUGUAGACCUUUCCUCUUAAAAAAACAAGACAAUGUUUGUCCGAGGUGUCUCCCUAGUCUUUCCUAUCUGGAUUGCCUUCUUGUUCCAAGACAGCCUCUGCCAUUGUGAUCGCCCAAGCUGGGUCAGAGUUGGAUGGGAAAUUCUUCCAGAGGAUCUGGAGCAACUGCAGCUUGGAACUCCACUUCAAUCUAACUGCCUGCCCUACCCUCUGGACCAACUGUCUCACUGCUUUACUCACCUGGAAAUAGCCAAAGGAUGCUUCGAGGUUUUGUAUGUCAGCUGCAAAAUUAUACUUUUCUUCCUAGGGGGCUUAUGUGUACGCUGUCUAUGGAGCAAAUUGAGAAGACCGCAGAAGAAGGUGUCCGUGGAGACCUCUUCUGCUUUUGUCACGACAGAAUUUCAUGCUGAGUGCACCUGCAACGUGGACAAAAUGCUCUGCAGGCUGGUGGCAAACACGUCUAUCAUGAUGAAAUACCUAAAGGAUGUAUGCCACCAUCAUAGGAAUAAAGCCAGGCACCAGAACUUAAGUAAGAAGAGGAAGGAAGAAGAAAUUAAGGAUGAAGAGAUCUUCCCUAUUUGUCCAUCCUGCCACAGCUCCAGCAUGGAUACCAUAAUGCAGGAAGUAUAAGGGAAAGGACUCCUCCUUGGACAACAAUCAUAUUUUUGUGCUCUAAUAAUUGUUUAUCCAUAUUCUUUGCUACGAUGUUGCGAAGACAGGAGAGUGGGAAGGACAAGGAUAGAGCCAAUCUGAAGUCUAUGUCUGUUUGUCUGAACGUUUAUCUAACUAUGACAGUUUGAGAGUUGAAUGCUGUCGAUGUUCCCAUGGACAAGGUGGGGAAGGAG